UCGGUAGCCAGAGCAUCGAUCGUCAAAUAGAAAACUGAAGGCGGAAACACAAAUCUUUUAUUUUCUCCUUGAGUGAAGUUAACUCGAAAGCGUUUGUUCGAAAAAUCACAGUACUAAUAAUAAUGACAAAUUUUCAAUGGUUUCCCAUGGGUUGUUGUUUGCUGCUCAGCAUCCUGGUGCGACUGAAUCUCGGGAUGGAAAUUCAAUCUACUCAAGAACCCGUUAAGAUUGCUGCAAAGCAGCGGUCCGCCAUAUACUUGCAUGAACAGUCAAUCCGGCAACUUCCUUCAAAUGAUCUCGACCUGGAAUCUCAGCAGCUCACAGAUUCCUCUAACGUGCUCCCUACUUCCUCACCAACUAAUAAACCUGCCUCCGAUCCACAAAAGCCCGAAGAACACAAGAUCACCAUCGACAGGACUGGGAAAGCACAAGGCCCUCAGAUUCAAGGAAAAACCGCCAUAGUUUCGAAUGAACACAUCGUUGGGGAUACACCUGCUGGGCUUCACGCCGAAUCCCAGGAGCUUCAGACAGUCCCAAGAAAUAGAGAGUUCGAUGAUCACAUCGUGCAGUGA